CCUAUAAUAAUGCACUGGAAUCGCAACCCGACUGCCCUCGCGCUUGCGUUCCCGUUCCCAUCGCUGCUGCUUCUCUGUCUCCGAGAAAAGAGGGGGGGAAGGAGGCGCUUUGGAAGGGUUUCUUCUAUUUGAUAGAUUUCGUUAUCUUCGAAAUUGACGCUCUAGUAACAGCCCUCAUCGUCGUUGAAGCAAGGCUCAGCGUCUGAUAUAUAGUUCUUUACAGAUCUGUGUCCUCCUAGUACACCAUGGCAGAUCAGGUUAAUCACCCAACUGUAAUUCAGAAAUUUGCUGGUCAACUCCAUCUGAAGUCCAGCUUUGUACAAGAUCCUAAAGCUCAGAGAUACAGUUUGUAUAAUCCUGCUUUGUAUGAGAGGCACUUGACGGUAAACUUCCCAAAUGGAGGUUUUCAGCAACCGUUCAUGCUGGUGGGCAGUUGUAACUAUGAUGCAUCCACUAUGCCAUCUGUAUAUCCUGUUUAUGCUCAGGCUCCUGCUGAGAAAGGCUUUAAGAACUUUGCUAUCGAUUUCCUUAUGGGAGGAGUUUCUGCUGCUGUCUCCAAGACAGCAGCUGCUCCCAUUGAACGUGUGAAGCUGCUGAUACAAAAUCAGGACGAGAUGAUUAAGGCCGGUCGCCUCUCUGAACCGUACAAAGGAAUCACAGACUGUUUUGGCCGAACAAUUAGAGAAGAAGGUACUUUGUCUCUGUGGAGAGGAAAUACAGCUAAUGUCAUUCGUUAUUUUCCUACUCAGGCACUGAACUUUGCAUUUAAGGAUUACUUCAAAAGGAUGUUUAACUUUAAGAAAGAUAAGGAUGGAUACUGGAAGUGGUUUGCUGGCAAUCUUGCGUCUGGUGGUGCUGCCGGUGCUUGUUCGUUGUUCUUUGUUUACUCUCUGGACUAUGCCCGUACCCGUCUUGCAAAUGAUUCGAAAGCAGCAAAGAAAGGAGGAGAAAGGCAAUUUAAUGGUCUUAUUGAUGUUUACCGAAAGACCUUACGGUCCGAUGGCAUUGCUGGACUUUACAGAGGAUUUAACAUUUCAUGCGUUGGGAUUAUAGUGUACCGUGGCCUCUACUUUGGAAUGUACGAUUCAUUGAAACCAGUGCUCCUUACCGGAACGUUGCAGGAUAGUUUCUUUGCAAGCUUCGCGUUGGGUUGGCUAAUCACCAACGGUGCCGGCCUCGCAUCAUACCCAAUUGACACGGUUAGAAGAAGAAUGAUGAUGACCUCUGGAGAAGCAGUAAAGUACAAGAGCUCGUUUGAUGCCUUUUCACAAAUUUUGAAGAACGAGGGUGCCAGGUCGCUGUUCAAGGGUGCUGGUGCAAACAUACUUCGCGCCGUUGCUGGUGCCGGUGUGCUUGCUGGUUACGACAAACUGCAGCUGAUCGUCUUCGGCAAGAAAUAUGGAUCGGGCGGCGCUUAGAGACAAAUUCUAUUUAAGUAAACAUCCAUCAGUUUACGAAAUUCUUAGGCUUAAUAAUUUUUGGUAGCGGGAGAUUUUUUCCGAGCAUUUUUCUAAUGGAGUUUUGCUCUCCAAAACCUGGUUUAAGUUACCCUUGUCGGAUGCAGAUGCUGCUUUCUUGAGCGUCGCCUGACGGAUUCCUGUCGCAAUAACUCUCCCCCAUUUUUCCUACAAAAUGACAUUGUCAAAAGACAAAAGAUUUAGAUUUAUAUAUUGCUAGUUGUGCUUGUCGUUGA